CUCUUGAGUCUAUACUUCCAGCUGGCGACAAGAUCAAUCAACACCGUCUAGGCCAAUCAAGCAGGCACUACACAAGGUCAGCAGGCUCGGGCUCAUCCGUUAGACAGUACAUGCUUCGACCCGGCAGGUCUCAUACAUCAUGCUCGCCUUGUCUCUAUUCUUGGCAACGUCAGCGUUGGGACAAUCCUUUGGAUAUGGACAAAUGCGCGAUAGUCGCAUUAGAUCGAGUCCAGAGUUGCUAGAGCUCAGAGGACUGGGACAGACUCCUCUCUCAGAGAUGGCAUGGAGCAGUAGUCUCGUACCUCCUCGCCGCCGACCUGGCAAUCCAUCAGGAUGCCCACCAUGCUUUAACUGCCUCUUGCCUGCAUUCAACUGUGGGAAUGCUGGAGAAUGUAAUGAAUACGAUGGCCAAUGCCGUUGUCGACCUGGUUUCGGAGGAGAGGACUGUCUGACACCACUGUGCGGCGCUCUAUCGGACGGUGAUCAGAGGUACCCUCGAGAAGAAGGAAAGCUCUGUGAAUGUAAAGAUGGAUGGGGAGGGAUCAACUGCAAUGUCUGCAAGGAAGAUCAGGCCUGCUCAGGAUUUAAAUCCCGUUUACCAGGACAAGGCGGUCCAGACGGAGAAGAUGACACGGACGACAUGGUUUGCUACAAGGGUGGUCUGGCUGUUCAACAAAAUUUCCAGAUGUGUGACGUGACGAAUCGCAAGAUCAUCGACACGAUCCCUGACAACAAACCUCCUCAAGUCACAUUCUCAUGUACCGCCGAUCUGCAAGACAACAGCACAAUUCUGGACUCGAACUGGCUCUGGCCCAAUGUUCAUUCCGACGGUGACAUGGAAGGAAGCAAAGCAAUGGGGCAUUGCGAAUUCCAAUUCUGGGUCGAUCGGAUCGAGAGUUUCUAUUGCAACUUGAAAGAUUGUUCCUGGCAAGGCAAAGAGAGCUUUGACUCCAACAAGACGUCGUACCGAUGUGAGCAUAUCGAAUGUGCCUGCGUUCCCGGUCGAUUCCUUUGCGGCGAAGAUGGGAGUGUCAACAUCGAUGACUUCCUCGCCGAAGAAGUGAAAGGACCAGGAACGUUCGAAUGUGAAUCUGGCAAAGGUUGCGCAUUCAGCGAAGCGGCCAUGAACAACCUCAUAAAUGAUGUCUUUGGAGACAAAUCCAUCUAUCUCGAUUGCGACUCUGGGGAAUGCUUGCAUCAGACCCAGGUGCCUGGAUACACGCGCCCACAGAAGCCAGACAACACCGUCAUGCUGGCUCUGAGCGCCUCCGCCGCAGCUGCAGUGUUCCUCUUGGCCUGCAUUCUGUUCUGGUACCUCGGUCGAACUCCUCGUCAUCCUGAUGGCAUGGGCGGAGUCAAGCUCCCCGAAGAUGAAGCUGCCAAGCUCAUGACGGAUCAUGUCCCGGCUACACUCCACUUUUCCAAUCUUUCGUACUCUCUCGCCUCGGGAAAGACUGUCCUCAGUCACAUCACUGGGACGGUCCGACCCGGCGAGUUGCUAGCCAUCAUGGGCGCUUCUGGAGCAGGUAAAUCGACUCUCCUGGAUAUCCUCGCUCGCAAAGCCAAGACUGGAACCGUCAGCGGUGACAUGUAUGUCAAUGGACGGGACAUUCCCGAUGAAGCGACAUUCCGCCGGGUUGUCGGAUACGUCGAUCAAGAGGAUACCCUUCUUGGGACUCUGACAGUCUAUGAGACGGUCCUUCUAAGCGCGCUAUUGCGACUACCUCGCGAUAUGAGUCAUGAGGCGAAAGUGUACAGAACGCUCGAAACGAUGAAUGAGCUGGGUAUCCUUGGUAUUCGGGACUCGAGAAUAGGCGAGAGUGGAAAGAGGAGCAUCUCAGGAGGUGAAAAGCGUCGGGUGUCAAUCGCUUGCGAAUUGGUCACUGGCCCAAGCAUUUUGUUCUUGGACGAACCGACCUCAGGUCUCGACUCGUACAAUGCUUACAAUGUCAUUGACUCGCUCAAGACCCUUGCACGGACAUACAAUCGGACCGUCAUCUUCACUAUUCAUCAACCACAAUCCAACAUCGUUGCGCUAUUCGACCGCUUAGUCCUCCUUGCGAAGGGCCAGCUAGUCUACUCUGGCGAAUCGCGACGCGCAGCGGACCACUUUGCCAAACUAGGCUAUGAAUGCCCACCAGGAUACAAUAUCGCUGAUUAUCUCAUCGACGUGACGGUCGAUGCGUCUGGCGAUCGCAAAGUCAAAAAAGGCAAAGCGAACGGCCAUGCUCCCAGCUCUUCUAGAUCUGAACGAGAUCCAGAGAAUGGAUUCAGGCGAGAUGUGGACAGUGCGAGCGAUGAAGAUGACUCGGAUGCGUCUACGCAGAAUUUGCCCGUUGGAAUCAAGCAGAAGGCUCAAAAAUUACUCGGAGCCUUCACCUCGUCCUCUACUCCAGCCUCACCGUCCGAGGAUCUAGUCCCGGAGAAAUUGGCCAGCAUCGUCCUGGCUUCUCGAUCAAGCGAUGAUGCAAAGAUUGUCGAAGCUGAGAUCCAUCGAAUCCAAUCUGGUCAGACGCCAAACGGCGUGGACUCGACACGAGACGUAGGCGAGGAGACUGAUCUGCUCAAGGGGUACCAAAAAGCGGGCUAUUGGACACAGUUCAAGCUGCUCUCUGGUCGAGCCUUCAAGAACCUCUACAGGAAUCCGCUGCUCAUGGGUACACAUUAUGCCGUAGCCAUCGUUGUGGCCUUUGUCUGUGGAUUCUUCUUCUACAAAGUCACGAAUGAUAUUCCUGGAUUUCAGAAUCGACUCGGGCUGUUCCUCUUCAUUCUCAGCUUGUUUGGAUUCUCGACGCUCUCUUCACUGGGAAUCUUUGCGAAUGAGCGAAUCCUGUUCAUGAGGGAACGAGCCAAUGGAUACUAUUCCCCAGCCAUGUACUUCCUGUCCAAGAUUCUGUUUGACAUCAUUCCGCUCCGUGUCAUCCCGCCAUUCGUCCUUGGAUCCAUUGUGUACGGUCUGGCCGGACUCAAUCCUGAAGUCUCGUCUUUCUGGAAGUUCAUCAUGACGUUGGUAUUGUUCAAUCUCACAGCUAGCAGUAUCGUCCUGUUCCUCAGCGUGGCGAUAUCAGAUCUCGGUCUGGCCAAUCUGCUCGGAUCCCUCGUGAUGCUGUACAAUUUGCUCUUCGCUGGGCUGUUGAUGAACUACGACCGAGUGCCACAGGGCCUGAAAUGGAUGCAGACGUUGUCAUUCUUCCACGCAGGGUAUGAGGCGUUGCUCGUGAAUGAGUUGAGAUAUCUCCAGCUCAUCGAGCGCAAGUUUGGUUUGGAUAUUCAAGUCCCCAGUGCUACGAUUCUUUCGUCCUUUGGAUUCCACGCUCAAGCAUUCUGGUGGCCCGAUACAGCUCUCUUGGGCAUUGUGUUCGCCAUUUUCAUCAUUGCAAGUUAUCUCGUCUUGAAAUUCUUCGUCAAAGAGAGGAGAUGAUCGUUCGUUGGGGUCUUUUACUAAACAUAUGCAUGUGGAAUUUGUCUUG